AUGCCCUUACGCACCGCCUGCAGCACCCCCGUUUCUUCCCCAGGCCUCUUCAGUCCGACCCCCUCCCGCCACGCCCUCCACGCCUCGUCCAUGUCCGAGAGCAACACUCCGGCACCGCCUCCUGGCGGUCCUUUCCUGCAUCCUCUGCAGACGCACAAAGUCAGAGAAACCCACAAGGCUCUCAUCGACAAUGACGACGUCACUGGUCGUAAGGUGAUUAAUCAGUAUGAAGUCAUUGAAGAAAUUGGCCGUGGCAUGCACGGCAAGGUUAAACUUGCCCGCAAUCUCGAGACUGGCGACAAUGUCGCCAUCAAAAUCAUUCCCCGAUUUUCCAAAAAGCGCCGACUCGGAAAAGUCACCGCCAUGUCCCCCGAGGACAAGACCAAGAAGGAAAUCGCCAUCCUCAAAAAGAUCCGGCACCCUAACGUCGUCGCUCUACUUGAAAUCAUCGACGACCCCGAGCUCAAAAAGAUCUACAUGGUUCUCGAGCAUGUUGAGCUUGGCGAGGUAGUUUGGCGCAAAAAGGGCCUCCCCCAUGUCUGCCUGUAUGAACGCCGCCGAGCCGAGCGUGAGAUGCGUGGCGAGGCGCCCUCCCAGCAGGAGAUCCAAUACGACGAGAUGCUUGAGCGCCGCCAGGCCAUAAAGGAGAUGAAGCGCGCCCGCAUGGCCCAGAACCACAGCGGCCCUGCAAACUUCUGGAGUGUCGAACAUGGCGCCGCCGACGAGUCGAGCAGUGUCUCCUGGUCACGUAUCUCUUCCAAGGAGGAGUUUGACUUGUCCUCGAGCCAUCCCUCUCGCUCUACCUCUCCGACAUCGUUCCAAUACCAAUCGCGCAGACCGUCUGCCGCCUCCUUCUCUGUCGCUGGUCCGACCGAGCUGAGCGAGGAAGUGUACUGGGAUGACAACAUAGUAACACCGGGGCCUCUCACAGCCGACAUUGACCCUGUUGCUGCCAUCGACGGCUUGGACGAAGAUGGCUCUCGCUUUCGCCGUCGCUCUCCCAGCAUGGCUGACUCCAUCAUCUCUCAUAUGUCUUCCAUAGACUACAACCCUCACGUUCACGAUCCCUUUGCCGACGACUACUCAUACGUUCCCUGCUUCACCUUCGACCAGGCUCGCUCCGCAUUCCAAGACACUGUUCUCGGCUUGGAAUACCUCCACUACCAAGGUGUAGUUCACCGAGACAUUAAACCCGCCAACCUACUAUGGAGCAAAAAUCACCGUGUCAAGAUCUCAGAUUUUGGCGUCUCCUACUUUGGCCGGCCCAUCCGUGACGGUGAGCCUGAUGAGCCUGUAUCCGAGUCCGAGGCCAAGGAUUUCGACAACGAUCUCGAGCUCGCCAAGACGGUCGGCACACCGGCCUUCUUCGCCCCCGAACUCUGCUACACCGAUCUCGACAAGGAGCAACCCAAGGUCUCGGAGCAGAUUGACGUGUGGUCCCUUGGUGUGACUCUCUACUGCCUCAUCUUUGCGCGCAUUCCCUUCCUCGCUGAGGAUGAGUUCCAGAUGUUCAGAAAGAUUGCCACCGAGGAUGUGUAUAUUCCCCGACGCCGGCUGGCACCUGUACACCCUUCUACCUCGCCCGCUGGGACCUCUCUCUACAAACGGCAAAACAGUCGCCCUUAUCGGGAUGAUAACGAUGUCGUCUACGAAGAUGUAGACAACCUCCUAUAUGAUUUGCUUCGCCAAAUGCUAACAAAGAACCCCGAGAAGCGCAUUCGCCUCAAAGACAUCAAGCGACAUCCAUGGGUUGUGCAAAAUCUCGCCAACCCCCGCGCUUGGGCCGAAGAGACGGACCCUGCCAGACCUCUUGGUGGUCGCAAGAUCCAAGUCGACGAGAAGGACAUGUCUGCGGCUGUCAUUCCCCUUACUUUCCUCGAGCGCGCCAGGUCGGCUGUCAAAAAGGCUGUCGGCAAGGUCAUUCAUCCGCUCGGCGAGCGAAGCGACAGCAGAACCCGCCGGCGCGCAGACAGCUCUGCUGCCAGCUCGACCGGGGACAACUAUUACAGGAGCAUGCCCACCACUCCCCACUACAAUGUUGACAGACGCUCUGUAUUCAUGCCUGACGACUACAUUGGCGCCAGACACACUUCUCCUUCGGUCGACCACUCGGCCACCGUUGGUGCUCCGCAGUUAGAGGUUGGCCAUGGCUCUCGCGUAUCUGAGAUGAAUCGCUCUGGUUCUGGUCUCUCCGAGACAUUCGCCCAUGACCCGCAAUCCACGAUAGGCCGCAGUUGGCACCGUGCUACAGUAUCUCAGAGCAAACUUGGCAACCAAUUCUUGAGCUUGUCUCCCGUCCUUACUGAGCCUGCCAAAACCCAUCAGCUCAUCACUGAAGCCUCGACCUCUACCGCAGACAGCAGGCAAAAGAUCGGCCUCUUCAACAGUGUGGACAAACGUGCCGCGGCACAGGUUGGUCUGAGCCGGCCAAUUAUCUCCGGCGGUAACCAUGCUGGUGGGGGUCUCCUUGUCAAGCGGCCAAUCGACCAGGAUAAGACCAGCAUCAGCGCGUAUACCUCUCCUCUAUCGUCGUCGCCUGUUGCUUUUCCCAGCUACCGCAACGCGCACCCAAAGUCGGACCCCGACUUCCAGGCACGCCGUAACGUGGGAUUCAUCGAACAAAUCGACUCAACAGAUGACCUAGCUUCUCAAGCCGACUCCACGAAAGCGCUGGCGUCCAGCCCCGAGUCCUCAAUCGCCGCUCACCUGGACAUGGCUGGCCGCAGAGUCGAGGGUCGAAGUGAAGUACAGUCAAUUGUUAAACCCCGACCAAUCUCUCUGCAGCAGGUCGGGUAUGCCAGCCAUGACACCGACAGCGGCCAAGUCACGGUCAAGUCUACAAGCACCGACUCGAUGGAGGUGAUUGCAACGCCGUUCACAAGCCCAAGUGAAACCUUCAGCCCGGUGGGGACCGGCCCGACCAGCAAAGGCACGUCAGAAAAGAUUCUUGCUUUCCAGUCUGACCCAUCUCUUCCUGCCUUGCUGAGCAACGCCAGCUCUGUUUCUGCGGACAUGGAGGGCGAGCUUUUAGGCAAGCCGGGUGUAGUCCCCAGCCAGGCGCCUCUUCCCGGCUCUGGUGAGCUGUCGGGCCCCGAGGCUCUCGGUAAAAUUAACGGUGGCUACACGCCGGAGCAGUCUGUAUUCGACAAUCCCCCUGCCAUGGAGAGCGGACCUCUUGCGGUACAGCUUGACCAAAACACGCCGGUGCAGUUGGCAGCUGACGAGCAGCACCCGGCUGAAUACCCAGACGACGACGACGGCAGUGAUGACGGCUUUUGGCUGAUGGCCAAGUCGAAGAGAAAGACGUUGAGCCCAGCGCCACGCCGACGUCCAUUUGAGGCCAGACGCCGCGACACCAAUCUCAGCAACAUUAGCGUGGCCAGCGACGAGACGGCGAAGCGUGUCGUGCUGCACCCCGACGAUACUGGGGUAUAG